GUUUCUACUACCUUAUGUAUAUCUCUUUCCCAACGACCAUAGAACCCAUUGACGCCCCUGAGCUAUCGUCUACAAUGGCUCUGGCGCUAUCCAAAAAUUAGGAGACUCCCAGACCCAGCCUCGUUUUGCAAACGAACACGUCCUCUCCUCUUACGAUGUCAAGUUACCGUGUUACAGCCCACCACCCUUUUCCACAAACUAUUCCCGGCAUUCCUUAAUCGGUCUACCCUAGAUCUUACAACAACAGUCUGGACGGGAGGCGAGCCAUCAUCUUCAAGUCUUCAAGAUAAACAAGAAAGAACCAUCUUUAUCCCAACUCAAUGGCACCCCCCCAACCCCUCCAAGACCAACUAUCCUCCCUCCUCCAAACACGCCACCACCUCCCCGUCCACCCACGCUGGCUAUCCGAAUUCCUAUCAACCCGCGGCCCAAACCCACCACCCAUGCCCGCCCUCCUAUCAACAGCCCAUUUCCGCAUCUUGACAAGCGACAUCACGACCUCUCUACGUCCCACCAAUUCCGCCGAGGUCCUACCAGCAGACAUAUCCGACAUCACCGUCAAAGAACGUCGUCUCGCCGGCCCAGUCAUCACACAAGUUCUCGACGUCAUCGACGUGGGCAGCAGUAAAUGGAGCCAAGUCGAGGCCAUUGAACGCGUAGAACGAGGCGAGGAGGUUCGGGGGCGUGAAGUCAUUCGGACUGUUGACGACGGAAACGAUGAGGACGCGGUCUCCGCGGCCCCGGCCCCAGCAGCCAGGGCCACAACCACUAGUAAUACCAGAUCAACGGCAACGGCAACGUCUUUAGGACCUCAUAAGCUUUUGCUCCAAGAUGCAAAGGGAACAAAAGUCCUAGCGUUUGAAGUCGUCAAGGUUCCGGGAAUUGGGGUUUCUACUGCUGCUUCUGCUUCUGCUUCUGUCUCGGCACAGCAGCAGCAGCAGGGAUCCAAUAGGUCGAUGGUGGAAGAUCCAGGCAUGGCUAUUGGAUGCAAGAUCCUUUUGAAGCCCGGGACGGUUGUGAGGCGAGGAAUGGUCAUGCUGAAGCCUGAGGAUUGUGUUGUAAUAGGUGGAAAAGUUGAUGCGUGGGAUAGGAAGUGGAAGGAAGAGCGGAAGAAGAAUUUGACGAUGUUGUUGAAUCGGGAAAAUGGGAUUGUGGGAUAGGGACAGGGACAGUCCUAGCAAGGAUUCAGCCGGUCAUGGUGCACGGGCAGCGGAAGACGCCCACUGCAUCCGAACAGAUUAAAUGGGAUGGGAGCCGGUUGAUUACGGGACAGGUACAGUGUUGGUGUUACGCGAGAGGUGUCUAUCUAUUCGCUACAGAUUUGGCCCCGAGAAAGACAAAUGAUCUACUCUCAACAUGAACAAGCCGACUCUACCAGCAAUGACAGCACCAUAUCUCUUCGAUUCACGAAGAUCAGAUCAACUACCACUGGACGGUGGACUUUAAGAGGCAUCAACAGCAAUCUCCAACCGCCAUGGUGUCAGCAUCUUCGCCUUAAGAAGAUCCUCUUGUGCACCAGUGCCCUCGUACGCUCUGGCCAGAUCGCUCGCAGAGAGAUUACCAGCGGGCGGUGUCUGUCUCUCAGCCUGAAGGACAGCCAUCGCCGCGGCAUAAUCACCUCCAUCUUCGCCACCAACAGCCUGCGCCAGUUCCAGCCAGCCUUGCGGUUGUCCUGGCGCUAGCAUGAUCCCAUUAAGAGCAUCCGCAAGGACUGCUUGCUGAUCCACCUUCUGGUCGCCUGACCGAAAGCCAACAAUAGCAGUCAAAAUCCUCGUCACUCGAACUUUAUCCAGAACACCAAUUUCCUCACCACGUCUGAGCGCUUUUAGGUCCUCCUCCACUGCUUCCAGAACAUCAUCGUCGUUGUCCAGUAAUCCAAUCACGGCGAGGAGUGCCAUGGCUUGCACGUGACCAGGAUGGUUCUCGACAACAUCGAAGAGCUGCGAUCUGGCUGCGUCUUUCUCCGCCGGGCCACCUUUUGCCCAUAGAACCUGGGCGAGUAGACAGACAAUAUCAGGCUCCCCCUGGGACUCUUGUAGCGCUGCCUCAAACAUUCCAAUGGCGUUGUCGAUUUGCUGCAACUUGCUGUAUGCCAGACCUGCGGUAAUCUGUGACGACAGCCUCCAUUUCCGCCGAACCUCUGCAUAAGCGGCGCCAAGUUCAUCUGCAUCGCCCGAGAGAUCCAGAGCAGUUUGCGCGUUAUCCACAGCCUCUGAGUAUUGACCGCAGGCGAGCUGAGACCGAGCGAGAUCUGCCUUUGCCUGAGCAUAUCUGACGAGGUAUUCAUUUGAUUCGGACUUUUCGUAUUCAGCUUCCGCUGCAUUGCAGACCUCAACCAGACUUUCCGCGCUGGUGUCGUAAUCGCCCACACGCUCGGCUAGCAGUGCUAGGAGAUGCGUUGCAAUCAUGUCCGAUGGCUGCUGCGUGUGGUAUUGACGCAUAGCGAACAGGGGCUGCAAUAAGGCCCCGACUUCCUGACACCGUGAGGGAUCCUUGAGCAGAUGGUCGAAAGCAGAAAUAGCAAAAUGGCGUCUUGCAGGCAACGAGGCUGCAUCUGCGAUCUCGAAAGCGUGCGUGAACAAUCCUCUUGCUUCUUGAAGGUUUCCGAAGAGCAUUGCCAAUAGCCCCUGUCCGAUCCAUGCUUCUGCGUACUCUGGAUCCUCAGAUUGGCCUCGCGUGAACGCUUCGUUGGCGAGUUGGUUAUCGUUGUUGAUGAGAUAAAGAACACCGAGGUUCGUCCACGUCCUGGCACUAUGUUCAUUCAGAUGCAGACUUCGAACAAAAGAGUGCUGCGAUACUGCUGGAUUAAGUGUCAUGGUGACCACUCCCAGGGCAUUCCAGAACUCCGAGUUGCCAGCCUCUAGCUCGAUGGCUCUUUUGAAGCAUUUUAUCGCUGCUUUGAGUAGUCUGUUUGGAGGCUUCUUCCCGUUUGAUCUAAUCACCUCGCCGCCAGAUAUAUAGGUGGAAUAUUCUGCCCAACCCAAGUUGUACCAAGCCACAGCCUGGGCGUGUGGGUCGGUUGUAGAAGCAUAGAUGGCACGUUUGUAGGAAAGAACAGCAGCAACGAGCCAUCUGUCGGCCGCGUCAGAGGGACUGUCUCCUUCAUCACUGGGUCUCAACAUGUCGGGACUGAUUUUGUCCACGUCUGCAAGAAUACUAGAACCGUUCUCACUAGAAUCUCCAAGCAACUUGGAAACGCCCUCCAAAUCUGUGACAGCGGCAUGGAGCUUCACGUGGCCGAGAACAGAACAAGAAUCACCCACUGAUUUCCACAAAUUGAAAAAGUCCGUUCUGUGCUCAGUGAUCUCGGCCGCAACCUCAAAGGCCUGGCAUGCGAGCCGAGCUGCCUCGCCAUACAUACCGAGACCAACUUUGGCCCACGCACUUUCGGAAAUGGUCUGAAGUAGCGAGAUCAAAACACCAAACUCGCCGGGCUUGAGCACGAGGACGGCUUUAUAUGCUCCAAUUGCUUCGUCGAAGAACCCCAUUUCGCGUUGGACAUUGGCGAGCAUAUAUUUUGCAAACCACGUCUCCUCCGGUGACAGCCCGUGACUGAUGCUCUCAGCUUUCGCAAAGGCUUUUGUGGCAGCCACAUGUCGACCAGCGUUAUGGUAGCUUUCACCCAGACCAACCCAGGAGUAGUAGUCGUCUGGUGAAAUGCGUAGAGCGGCCUGGAAGGAAACGAUGCUUUGGGAAUAGUGCUGCUUGUUCAUUUGCACGACACCCAACGCUGCAUAAGGCCAGCUGUGGGCUUUCUUCUUCGAUCCCGGCGCUGGUCUGGCUUUGCCCGAAGACACCACCCGUUGUGCGACCAGUUCGACCAAGUCCCACUCCCCAGAGUUAGCGAACGAUUUGGCGAGCCUGUGUGCGGCUUCGAGCUCUGAGGUCGACAGUUCGAAAGCCUUCUGAAGUGCGACUCGAGCCCGUUGCUUGCUCUUGCCGUAGUCCUGGAAAUAGACGCCUAGCAAUGUAUAUGCCGGAGCAUAGCUCGGGUUGGCCUUGACUGAGGCAAUGAGGUAUUGGUACGGUCCGGAUUUGUCUUUGCGUGCAGAAGGGGCUGGGUUGAUGUGCCACAUGCAAUAAGCCAUCCGGUACAAUGCAACUGAUUUCAUGGGUAGGUCCUGGCUCUUUUCUGAUUCGAUGACCGAUAGGACCUCUUUGAGGCUGUCGAGGCCAGUUUCGAGUUCGCCAUUCUGAGCACGACACCAGGCAAGCUCGAGCUUGAUCCUGACGUUAUCGGGAUCGCGUUCAGCAGCCUGCUGUAAGAAUCUGACAGCUUCGGCAUAGUCUUCAUCUUCUUCGAAUAUCAAGCCUAUACCUAACAAGGCAGGUGUGAGUUUAGGCUUUCGGUUCAGGAUAUCUUGAAACAGGGCCUUUGCUUCGGGAUGAUGGCGAGGAGACUGGAAGGUGAUUAACGCCUUGGCAAGAAUCAGGUUCACGCCG